AUGCUGGUAAUAAAGGCGAUUCCGGGUGCUGACGGGUGGGCCGACCAUCGCCUCGUUCUCUCCUGGAUGAGGAUUCGCCGACAGCCUCGCAGGAGACCUCAGGGUAAGCGAUCCCCAAGUAAGUUGACUAUUGCUUUGUUGCCUUUGCCUGCUCACCGCCUCCAUUUCAGCAACGAACUAGCCCAAAGGCUAGCCAAUCUUCCCGUCACCGCUGUGGCCGUCGACGAGAACGCCUCCGUGGAGAACCGAUGGUGUCAACUGAGGGACACGGUGCAGUCAACCGCCCUGGCUGUUCUCGGUCGCGCAUGUCGCCAACACCAGGACUGGUUCGACGUCGUUGAUGCCGCCAUCAGUAACCUACUCGCUGAGAAGAACCGACCGCACAAAGUCUACGUCAAUCGCCCCACCGACGACAACAAAGCGGCCUUCUACCGUAGUCGUCACGUUCUGCAACAGCGGCUGCAGGAGAUGCAGGAGGCCCGGACAAUUUGGAGGGCCAAGGAUAUGAGGCUCGGGUGCUCCACACUUCGGGCUUGGGUAUGGCUGGCUGACGACGGCUAA